AUGAAAAAAAUCCGUCACCGUGCUCUGUCUCCGUCUUCCGGAUUGUUACACCUUGGCAAGAGAUGUAGAGUGAGAGGGAUAAACUACACAAAGCCAGAACUUAAACCAAGAAACUUCUCAAAAGACGAGGACGAUCUCAUCCUCAAGCUUCAUGCACUUCUUGGCAAUAGAUGGUCGUUGAUAGCGGGAAGAUUGCCUGGACGAACCGACAACGAAGUAAAGAUCCAUUGGGAAACUUACUUAAAGAGGAAACUCGUGAAAAUGGGAAUAGAUCCAACCAAUCAUCGUCUCUACCACCACACCAACUACAUUACCAGACGUUACCUUAAUUCCUCGCAUAAAGAAAAUGAAAUAUGUGAUCAAUCUUCUUCGGUAUCCGACUCAUGUGAUAUGACAAUAUUACCUAUUUCAAAUUGCUUGGAGGAUAUUACUAGUACGGGACAAAACCAUUUGCCUGACCUCAACAUUGGUCUCAUCCCGAUGAAGACCGUGACUUCUUUGCCAGGUUGUUUCCUUCAAGACUCUGGCGGAUCCUCUAACCAUGAUUCAGCAUGUCAAGAAACGCUUCUUCUUUUCCGAUGA